AUGCAUAAACUAAAUUUGAAAGUAGUGUUUUACGUUAUUCUUGGGAUAUUAAAAGUCUUGAAAGCAAGUGAAAUUUCCUUACGACAGGUAAGAAUGAGACUUGACCUCAUUGAACCUGCAUUAGCAAUUUGGUCUGGAUCUAAUUACCCUUUGACAUGGUGUGGUUUUCAGUGUCUACAAAACAGUAACUGUGUGUCUUUACUGUACAAUUAUACCAAUAAGUCUUGUAAGCUUUUUCAAGUCAUAUACAGCGUGGAGGAAGGAGAAGAUGACAUUGUUAAGUAUUUUAUACUGGAUAGAGGGAAUAGCCGCUCGGUACCAGAGUCUUGUAAAGAUGUCGCCACUUGCUCAGGAACAACGACAGAUGGCGAGUACUGGAUAUAUCCUCAAGCAACGAACAGAAAAAGAGUGAAGAUAUAUUGUAACAACAUGGCAUCUAAUCCAAAUGAAUACAUAACUUUGAAGAACCCAAAUUCCUUCAUUGACCACGAUCAAUCAAACUGGCCAAUCAUGUGGCAGCAGUGUCAGUCUAGUUACAUACCACCUUUGAAGAGGGUAGAUUUCCAGAAAGUUGGAAUACAAAUUCAGAAUAUGGAAGUGAAUGGGAUGGACUACUCUUUUGCAUUGUUAACUGGCACGCCUACGAUAUCAUACGGGAGGAUAAGAGACUGCAAUGGUGAAUCCUUUCGGAGCCCCUGUCCACACUUCGCAAGUGCAACCAUCAAUACUAAAGGAACCGGACUGGUUAUUGAUCCCUCUCUGACCUGGGGAGUUAUUGAUGGCAGUUACCCAGAGAUGAGAUAUUUUCAAAAAUCAACAGAUGAUUCCGAGAUAUCUUUUACCUGUUCAGGGUGGUGUUCUACAUGUGGACCAAAACCAGGGCCCGUUGUAUUUCAAGUAUCAAACGAAUUCAUAUCAGCUGCGGAUGCACAAGCAUUGAUCUGCCAUAACUAACCUAUCUCUCUAUCCCUAAAAUCAGUUUAAUCUCAAAGUAACG